GGAAAAUCAGGCAAAUCCCCUUUUCGAUCAAAAAAAGCCUAGGCUCGCUAAAUUAGUAGUUUUUCGGCGCGGGACUCAAGGCGAGACUGUGGAAGAUGUGCUGUGCUCCGUUGUGCGGUGCUCCGGCCUGCGGGCCCUCGAUGUGCUGUCGGCUCGCCUGCCGGAUGCCGCCGGAGCCACUGCGUCCUGCGACGGUCCACCGCUGCUGUCCGGCCUCGAAGUGCACGCUGUGCAGCCAGAACAACUCGGAGCAGGAGUGCCGCUGCACCUGCCAGCGCAACAAGCACAUCCUGGAGGCGCUGAGCUGCCUGUUCCGCGUCACCAAGUUCCAGAUGCUGACCACCCUCUUCCAACUGGCCUACCACGAGAGCCGGCCCCUUCUGCGCUUCCCACGCGAUCGCAUCUGGUCGGUGAUGGAGAACGUAAAGGCACCGUACACGGAGCUCCACGACCUGAAGAUCUACGACAGCCUGUACGAUCGCUGCGGCCAGCCCAUCGAUCCGUUGGACCGGACGAAUGCCUACAAGCUGUUGCGCCUGAUCUUCCUGGGUCCGGUGCUGGUGCCCGAGCAGAAGGCCCAACUCCAGGCCAUGCUCCUCAAGCUGAACGACCGUGCCGCCUGCCCCGUGGACCUCAAUGGCCUGCUGUUGGUCCUGCAGCAGGUGCAGCUGGAUGAGCUGGUGUGCGGCAUCUUGGAGCAGGACGGCAGGAUCAAGCGGUUCCACAGCGCCCGACAGUGCCUGCAGCUGUGCAAUCUCUACCACAAGGUGGCCGCCACGGACAAGAAUGCGGUUAUCCGCAAGCGACGGCGCCGCAAAUUGGUGUCCAAGGGCAAGGAUGCGGAUACACAGAAGAAGCCGCAGCGCAGGACCAUCACACCGCAGAUAUAUUGCACCCGCCGCGUACCGGAGAUCGAGGAACCGGCCAACCGUCUCGAGAGCGGCUCACCCGUUAUCCGCAGCACCGGCAGCUCCCACCGUCGCUCGUCCAACAAGAAGAGCUGGGCUGCGGGGGAGAAGGGAUCUCGCCGGGAGUCGCGCAACUCCACGGGAUCCCCGAAGAAGGCCAAGAGCGAAACGGCCAGCGCGGGAGUACGGAUGCAAGGUGGCGACCGCCGGAGGAGUAAAUGAUGUCCGGAGCCUUCGUAGCCUUUCUCUUACUAUUCUGUCUGUAAUCUCGGUCCAACCAAAAUUCACUAUAUUCCGCAUUGCAAAUGGUCGUUGUCU